AUGGAGCCCCCUUUGAGCAAGAGGAACCCGACACUGAGAUUAGCGGAUUUGGCAGCGGCUCAGCCCCAUCCUCACCAGAACAUGACAGGCUUCCCGGGGCUGGGGAACCACCACGGCCACCCCCACCACGCGGCCCACCUCCACCCCGGGGACGCGGGCGGCGACCCCGGCGGGGCCCUCACGCCGCUCGGACCCGAGCACAUGGCGCAGCCCGCCGCCCUCAAGCUCACGCCCGAGGCGCUCACCGCCGCCGCUUUCGCCGCGCCCGCCGCCGCCGCCGCCACCACCGCCGCCGCCGCCGCCACCGCCGCCGCCGCCGCCGCCGCCACCACCGCCGCCUACGCGCCGCCCGCCGCCGCCGCCGCCCUCCCGGGCUACCCGUCGGGGGGGGCGGCGGGCCGGGACUUCCUCCUACGGCGGGAGCUGCCCGCCGCCGCCGCCGCCGCCGCCGCCGCCGCCGCCGCGCACGGGGCGCUGGGCGAGCAGCACCCGCCCGCCGGCUCCCCCCACCUCCCGCCCCCGCCGCCCCACGGCGUCUUCAUCUCGGCCGGCGGCACCUACGGCGCGGCCGACGGGGCGCACGCCGCCUUCCCGCCGCCGCCGCCGCCGCCCGCCCGGCGAGCAGGGGCGCCCGCCGGCCGCCACCCGCCGCUCAACGGGCAGAUGCGCCUGGGGCUGGCGGCCGCCGCCGGGGAGAUCUACGGCCGCGCCGAGGCUCACUACGGGGCCGCCGCCGCCGCCGCCUCCUCCGCCUCCUCCUCGGCGCUGCAAGGCUACGGCUCCGUCAACCUCAACCUGGCGGCGGCGGCGGCGGCGGCGGCCGGCCACGGGCACCCGCACCAUCCCCAUCCCCACCACCACCACCAUCACCACCAUCACCACCACCACCAUGCCCACGUCGGGGCGGCGGCGGCGGCGGCGGCGGCGGCGGCGGCGGCGGCGGCCGGGGCCUUCCUGCGUUACAUGCGGCAACCCAUCAAGCAAGAGCUGAUCUGCAAGUGGAUCGACCGGGAGCCGCCUCCUCCUCCUCCUCCGCCUCCGCCUCCGCCGCCACCGGGCGGUAGGAAGCCUUGCUCCAAAACUUUCAGCACGAUGCAGGAGCUGGUGAGCCAUGUCACCGUGGAGCACGUCGGCGGGCCCGAGCAGAGCAGCCACGUGUGCUACUGGGAGGAGUGUCCCCGCGAAGGCAAGCCCUUCAAAGCGAAAUACAAACUCAUCAACCACAUCCGAGUGCACACGGGAGAGAAGCCCUUCCCCUGCCCCUUCCCCGGCUGCGGGAAGGUCUUUGCCCGCUCCGAAAACCUCAAGAUCCACAAGCGGACUCAUACAGGGGAGAAGCCCUUCAAGUGCGAGUUCGACGGCUGCGAGAGGAAGUUCGCCAACAGCAGCGACCGCAAGAAGCACUCCCACGUCCACACCUCGGACAAGCCCUACUACUGCAAGAUCCGCGGCUGCGACAAGUCCUACACCCACCCCAGCUCCCUGCGCAAGCACAUGAAGAUCCACUGCAAAUCCCCGCCGCCCUCCCCGCCGCCGGGCUCCCAGGGCUACCCGGCGGCGGGGCCCCCCGACGGCCCGCUGCCCCCCGAGGCCGAGCCGGCCGCCGAGCCCACCCGCGGCCGCGCCGCCGCCGCCGCUCUCUCCCCGCCGGUCACCAACCUCAGCGAGUGGUACGUCUGCCAGGCCGGGGGGGCUCCCCGGCGGCCCCGCAGCCCCUCCAGCCGCGACGCCUCCCCGGCCUCCGAGGGGGGGGACGAGCCCCACAGGACCUCGGCGGGCAGAACAGCUCCCUAGGGCCGGGCCGAGCCGUGCCGAGCCGUGCCGAGCCGAGCCUAGCCGAGCCGAGCCGAGCCGAGCCGCCGGCGGCCCCGGCCCCCCCCCCGCGCUGGCCCAGGCUGCCGCGGCGGCA